CACAUGUCACUGAAAUAGGUAAUGGAGUUUGUCAAUGAGUGGGUAAGUUUUAUUAGUUCAGUGGUUUACGCAUUCCCAACUUAACCUUAAAUGCUAACGGGAACUGUCGAUUAAAACGCGCUGUUUUCAUGGACCUGCCGUCAGCCUUGAUGUUGAAGUGGCAGUCGGGGACUUUUAUUCUGUUGGGUUUCAGGCUGCCCGAUCUGCACAAGGAUCUGCGCGCUCAUGCCCCUUUUAAUCUCCUAUUCAGCUACUUUUGGUAAAGCGUAUGGUAACGUAGGUCGUGACGUCAUACAAAGCGACCGCUACAGGUCUCGGAUCUGCAGGAGAGGAGACCGUUCUCAGAAGAAAGGCUGGUGUGGAGUGAGGCAGGAGUGCGAACGAGUUUAGAGUCCCAUCGCUGAGCAACAAACAGGAGGGAGAAAGAAAAUGCUGCCGAUUACUGUAACAUGUAGGUGGAUGUGAAAGAGAAGACAAUGGAUGGCAUGGAGAAAAGAAUCUUAAAUAUUAAGGCAGAGGACUGUGAGUGGGAGUCUGUAUACAUUAAACAGGAGAGACUGGGCAUUAAGGAUGAGGAAUAUGAAAUGGAGUCGGUGGGCAUUAAAGAAGAGGCUCAAGAAAAGUCUAUCAGCAUUGAGCUGCACAAAUAUAAAUGUAUGGAGAGUGUCCAGGAAGAUGACAAUCAUGACGAGUAUCAAGGUGGAGCGGUGAGUGGGUCAGUCUUUUCUCAAAGCAUUCACUGUUCAUCUUCACAGCUGUCUAUCAGUAUGAAGUCUGAAUCAUUAGAGUCCGACACAAAGAGGACUGAGGAAAUGUCACCUGUUGGAACUCAAGAAAAUCAGCCACCACCUACAAAUAAGCCCGGAGCAAGAGUCAACCCUCACAGCUGUUCUGAAUGUGGCAAACAAUUCUGUCUCCUGACUAAUCUUAAGAGACACACUAGAAUUCACACAGGACAGAAGCCAUAUUGCUGUAAUGAAUGUGGCAAACGAUUCAGCGAUAGUAGUAAUCUCCGCGGCCACAUUAGAUUCCACACCGGAGAGAAGUUAUAUUGCUGUAAUGACUGUGGCAAACAAUUCAGUAGCAGGCGUAAUCUUUGGAGCCACAAAAGAAGUCACACUGGCGAGAAACCAUAUUGCUGUUUGGAAUGUGGCAGACAAUUCCGUGACAAAAGUACUCUUCAGGGCCACAAAACGGUUCACACAGGAGAGAAGCCAUAUAGCUGUUUGGAAUGUGGCAAACAAUUCCGUGGUAGGAGUAGUCUUCAUUGCCACAAAAGACGACACACUGGCGAGAAGCCAUAUUGCUGUUUGGAAUGUGGCAAGCAGUUCCGUGACAAAAGUACUCUUCAGAACCACAAAACAAUUCACACUGGAGAGAAGCCGUAUUGCUGCUUGGAAUGUGGCAAACAAUUCCGUGGCAGGAGCGGUCUCCAUAGCCACAAAAGAAGUCACACGGGAGAGAAGACAUUUUGCUGUUCUGAAUGUGGCAGACGAUUUGUGCAUUUGAACAGUCUUAAGAGACACUUUAUAAUCCACACAGGAGAGACGAAGGAAAGCCUGAAGGAGUAAGUUGGCAGGUGGAGAAGGAAGAAACGGAGGAAAGAGUGAAGAGUAAGCUUUCUAAAUAAUGAAAUCUUCAGAAGUGCCAUCAUGUGUGGGGCUUUGUAGUACAAGAUCCAUACCAAAUAACAUCCAGGUGAAACUACUAUUACAGUAUGGAAAGACUGUGUAAAAGUAAUUCAUACUGGCCAAGGAUGAAAAGGUGCCCACCCUUGGCCUUGACACUCUGGUCCAGAUGGACAAUAACAGGAAACGAUUAAAUAAUGCAGGAACAAGAAGCAAUGGGAAUAGAACAAGCAAAGACCUGGCAUAAAUAGAAGGGGAAGCUCCUCAGAUUGUGUGGCAUUUAUGCCAACAUGAAAGCAUCAGCUACUUAACUAAGUAAUAAAGCAGAAAACAGACAUAUUUGAAAAGAAAUCCUGUAUGAAUGGCCUGACAACUCAUUUUUCUACCAAGAAAUUAAAUUUUCCUCAGAAGCAGCUGAUUGGCAAAUAAUGUUAUACAAACUGUGGGGAGAAGUCUUGGAGGACCUAAAAAUGGAAGGGAUGUGUGUUAUUGUAUAAGUUUGCUUUUUUAUUUUGGUUCACUUGUGCUACACACUUAGGGUUAGAUGUGGUGUGUGUGUCUGUGUGUAUGUAUGAACACUAGGUGCCCACCAUAAUGUUUGGGAGAAAUACAUCUUUCCUUGAUUUAUCCCGCGGCUCCACAGCUUAACAGUACAAAUCAAACAAUUCAGAUGUGGUCACACUACAGACUUUAAUUUAAGGGGAUUUGCAGACAUUUCGGUCAUACAACACGUUUUUUACUUGUUCCCCCCAUUUCAAGACACCAUAAUGUUUGGGAUGAUUGGCGUCACAGGUGUUUAUGAUUCCUCAGGUGUGUUUCAUGGAUUCAUGAGAUGCCUCGGCUUGCUUCUGCCCUUUGGAGUCUGUAGUUGCCAACAAGACGACAAGAGCUGAGCCAAUGAAAGUCUCAUAAAUAAGCCAUUAUGAGGCAGAAAAUCAAGAAUAAAACCAUUUGAGACAUCAGUAAAACCUUAGGAUGACCAAAAUCGACUGUCUGGAAUAUCAUGAAGAAGAAAGAACACACUAGUGGGCUCAGUAAUAAUACAGGUGCUGGUAGGCCAAGUAAGACCUCCACUGCUGAGGACAGAAGAAUCCUCACUCUGGUAAAGAAAAAGCCCCCAAAUGCCUGUCUGACAGACCAUACACAGUCAUCAGGGGGCAGAUGUGUGUGUGUCAGAGACGACUAUCAGCAGAAGACUUCAUGAACAGAAAUACAGAGGACACACAGCAAGAAGCAAACUACAAAAAUAGGACGGCCAGAUUACAGUUUGGGAAAAGGGACUUCAAGGAGCCUGCAGAAUUCUGGAAGAAGUCUUGUGGACAGACGAGACAAAGACGAACCUGAUCAGAGUGAUGGCAAGAGCAAAGAGAUGUGGAGAUGAAAAGAAACUGCCGGAGAUCCAAAGCAGAUCUGUUAAACAUGGUGCUUGGGGGUGUGAUGGCUUGGGCAUGUAUGGCUGCCACAGGUCCUGGCACAUUUCUCUUCAUUGAUGAUGGAACUGCUGAUGGCGGUGGCAAAAUGAAUUCUGUGGUGUGUAGAAGCAUCUCAUCUACUCAGGUUGCAGUAAAGGCCUCCAAACUCACUGGGCGGCACUUCAUCCUACAAGAUUUGCUUUCGGGAUUUGAACCCGGCAGUCUGAUGACAGUGCACAUCACUCAAGGAUUUAAACAUUUUAUUUCAGUGCUCCUCUGCUCAAGUGUAUCUCAGGAAGAUUACAUUGAUAAUACAAAGUAGAAUAACUUCAAUGAAAAAAAUGUAUAAUAACGUUAAGAUAGUCCAGAAUAAAUUCUACAUGUAAUACCAUUAGGCAAGAGCAUAAUAAAUAUAUUAGGAUAAAUAUGUAAAUACCUUUAAAAACGUAAAAUGCUUAAUGAAAUAAGGGUUUAAUUUGGGUUUAAAUAAGUCAAAUGGUCAUUGCAUGCUACUUAAAACAAAUUGAA